UAAAACAAAACCUCUAAAACGCAACGAUCCCUAGCGUAGCGUGCGCUCUUCAUUCUUCUGAGUUCCGACUUUAGAAAACUCUCCGAUCACCGGGUAAAUUUUUCCGGUGAUCGGCGCACUCAUAGGAAAGUCGUCUUGAUUCCGUUGAUUUGCGCCUUUGAAUUUAUGGAUUCUCAAGAACUCCCAGAUAAUGGUAACAAGGGUUUUCACUACAUGUUACUGAGAAUCGCUUUUGCCCUUCUCUUCCCCAUCUUCGCUUUCUUUUUCUUAUCAUUUUUAGUUGGACUCCUUGCCAUUUUCACUGGGGAAAUAUCAAUUUCGAAUCCGAUUUCUGUCCCCACGCACUGCAAGAUAGUCUCUAGCAGUGUGGAUAUUAGGUCAUCGAAGGUUUGUGAGCUUGGAUUAUUGAAUUAUAAAGCAAAGCAUGUGUUGUAUCCUUUCGAGAGAAGCAAAUUUAGAUGCCGAUAUGAUUAUUACUGGACCUCAGUGUUCAAAGUCGAGUAUAGAGACCAUUCUUUGGGUCAGAUGCGACUUGCCUUAACAGAGGCACCGAAUGAAGCCCUUCCUCUUAGUUGCAGGCCUAACUUUGGUGCUGCUUGGUUGACCAAAGAUAAGUUCAAGGUUAAUGAAACCUAUGACUGCUGGUAUGAAUCAGGUAUGUCCACAGUAAAGUUGUAUAAUGAUGGUUUUUUCAGUUGCCAAGCAAAAGAUCCAUCCUCAAUCGAGAUGAUGAAACGAUAUUUAAUAAUAUCCACCAAGAUUUUACAGUCUUGGUUUUCCAGGGAGGGGAGAGCUAGAUAUCGGAUGUGGGAAACAAUAGCUGGUGUUGUCACCGGUUUUUCAACAUCUAUAAUCACUAUCAGCUUCGUUAGAAUCCUACAACAUAUGAAGUCUUGGUUGCCUCAAGCCAUUAACACAGUUCAUAUCAAGCGUGUUUGUUUUCUACUAGUGUACUUUUCUGUUAUGGGUUGGUUGACAUCCCAAUACUGGAGGAGGCUCAAUAUCCCAUUGAUUAAAGUCUAUAACUAAUAGGCUGCUACUUUUUGUACUUGCUAUUUGCCCCUUGGGACUCGGUAUCAUUGAGUCAUGUAGCUUUCCUUGUUGAAAUAUGUAAACUUGAGUGGUUACCUGAUGUAUUGGAUCAACAGUUAGAUACAGCUUGAUAAGAUUACAAGGAGCAUAGAGAGUCAUGUACAGUUGAUUUACCGUAUAAAAGAGUUGUAUUCUGAUGUAUAAUAUUAUGUGUCACUAUACCCGGUAAAUUCAGGAGUUCGCAGUGAAUGUUUUAUUCUCAGCAUUUUGUAUUCUACUUGGAACAGAAUUACGAACUAAAUACCUUAUUUUAAUGUUGGCUGUGGAUGGGAAUACAAGCUGUAAUAUCUUAUUUCAGACUUUGUUGGUUU